AUGAACGGUGUUGCCAGAAGAGGACAUAGUGACAGCAGAGAAAACACAAGAGAACGCAGUGGCAGUAGAGAGGACACAAGAGAACAUAGUGACAGUAGAGAGGGCACAAGAGGACACAGUGACAGUAGAGAGGGCACAAGAGAACGCAGUGGCAGUAGAGAGGACACAAGAGGACAUAGUGACAGUAGAGAGGACACAAGAGAACAUUGUGGCAGUAGAGAUAACACAAGAGAACGCAGUGGCAGUAGAGAGGACACAAGAGGACACAGUGGCAGUAGAGAGGACACAAGAGGACAUAGAGGCAGUAGAGAGGACAAAACAGAAUACAUUGACAGUAGAGAGAACACAAGAGAACAUAGUGACAGUAGAGAGAACACAAGAGAACGCAGUGGCAGAAGAGAGGACACAAGAGAACGCAGUGGCAGUAGAGAAGACACAAGAGAACGCAGUGACAGUAGAGAGGACACAAGAGGACAUAGUGGCAGUAGAGAGGACACAAGAGAAUGCAGUGACAGUAGAGAGGACACAAGAGGACAUAGUGGCAGUAGAGAUGACACAAGAGAACGCAGUGACAGUAGAGAGGACACAAGAGGACACAGUGACAGUAGAGAGGACACAAGAGGACAUAGUGGCAGUAGAGAUGACACAAGAGAAUACAGUGACAGUAGAGAAAAGACAAGAGAACAUAGUGACAGUAGAGAGAACACAAGAGAACAUUGUGGCAGUAGAGAGAACACAAGAGAACAUAGUGGCAGUAGAGAGGACACAAGAGGACAUAGUGGCAGUAGAGAGGACACAAGAGAAUACAGUGACAGUAGAGAAACGACAAGAGAACAUAGUGGCAGUAGAGAGAACAAAAGAGAACAUUGUGGCAGUAGAGAAAACACAAGAGAACAUAAUGGCAGUAGAGAGGACACAAGAGAACAUAAUGCCAGUAGAGAGGACACAAGAGAACGCAGUGGCAGUAGAGAGAACACAAGAUUUAGCUUUAGCAAAAGAUGA